AUGACCUCCUUUCCCUCCACCGCCGGAGCCCCCGCCUUUCUUGUAUCCCCGCGGCCCGUAGACCUUCACCUUGUAGUGUGGCGGAUAACGGUAAAUGAAGGACACGGAGUUGUUCACGAGGACUGCCAUCACAAGGACUGUGGUCAGGGCUGGCAUCUAGAGGACGAGAAAUAUCAUGUGAAAAAACUACAAAAGUACUGUGGUUAUGUCAAACGUGCUGGGAAAAGCACAGGUACGCAACAGGAAGUAAUAGAUGAUGUGAAUGCAAGUAAAUGGUGCGACACAAGGAAGCAUAAGGGUGAGAGACAAAGUACAGCGGAACAGGAGAGGGACCAAACACACGCUUACGGAACCCCAAGCCGUGAAAUGACUAUGCCAAUGGGUGUCUUGAGGACUCUGCUGUUGUUGAUGCUGACGCUGUGGUUCCUCGCUGACUCCGCCCACUCCACGUUCACUGGCCCUUACUACAAACAUAGAGCGCAUGGAUAUGGCUAUGGCGGUGGAUAUGGGAAAGGCCACGGAGGAGGAGGAUAUGGCCAUGGUGGUGGAUAUGGGAAAGGCCACGGAGGAGGUGGAUAUGGCCACAGUGCAGGAUACGGGAAAGGCCACGGAGGAGGAGGAUAUGGCCACAGUGGAGGAUAUGGGAAAGGCCAUGGGGGUGGAUAUGGCCAUGGUGGUGGGUAUGGAAAAGGUCACGGAGGAGGUGGAUAUGGCCAUAGUGGAGGAUAUGGGAAAGGCCACGGAGGUGGAUAUGGCCACGGUGGUGGGUAUGGAAAAGGUCACGGAGGAGGAGGAUAUGGCCAUAGUGGAGGGUACGGGAAAGGCCACGGAGGAGGUGGAUAUGGCCACAGUGGAGGGUAUGGAAAGGGCCACGGAGGUGGAUAUGGCCAUAGUGGAGGUUACGGCAAAGGAGGUAGCCAUAAAGGUGGCUAUGGACAUGAUGACGGAUAUGGGUAUGGCCAUGAUGAUGGUUAUGGCCAUGACGACGGGUAUGGAUAUGGUCAUGAUGACGGGUAUGGCCACGAUGACGGAUACGGAUAUGGUCAUGAUGAUGGGUAUGGCCACGAUGACGGAUAUGGCCACGAUGACGGAUAUGGCCAUGACGAUGGGUAUGGUCACGACGAUGGUUAUGGCCACGAUGACGGAUAUGGCCACGACGACGGAUAUGGUCACGACGAUGGUUAUGGCCACGAUGACGGAUAUGGCCACGAUGACGGAUAUGGCCAUGAUAGCGGCUACGGCUCCAAAGGUGGAUACGGACGUGACAACGCAUUCGACCUUGCCAGUGACUUAGACUCGACCAUUUACAUCUGAAAAACAUCAUUGCAAGCUAACGCUGUGCCAAAAGAUAAUGAUUAUCUGCAUUUUACGCCUUUCUUUAUCUACCAAUAAAUAAUCCUACUUAUUUUACGAACCAGAAAAUGAGACAUUAGAACAGUUGUGUUGAUUGUUCUUAAAUGCUAUUCUUAUGACUAUUGUUAUAAACUUCAAACGUCUAUAUUGAUAUAUAAGUUGUAUGUAACACACACAUAAGCACACCUGCUGUGAUGCAUAAGACGCACACAAUUGUAUACAUAGGUCAGGCAGCAACAAAACAAAUAUACACUCCAUAUAGAGACACUCACUCAGACCAUAGAGAAA